GCACACCUGUUCGACACAAUAGAGAAGAUGGCCGCCAGUACCGUUCAGUGAAUGGCCGAGAUGUUGAUACGUGAAUUUUGAGUGAUUCGAAUGUUAAAAAGGGCGAAUUGGCGAGCGAACGCAUCGGAAAAUGAUCGCUGCGAGUGUUUCGAGUCGGUGAACGGUGUGAAGUGCGUGCCCGGAACGCAAACUGAUCGGAUAAACGUGCGAAAAAAUGUGAGAUCUCUUUGUGUGGUUGCGGUGGCCCUUGUACAUAACUGUGCGACACAACGCACGGUUUUCGACGUUUCCACAUCUCGACGACGGUUUUAUGUUGCUCUCGGAUUACAAUAGGAUCGCUCGUGGAAUGUGCAGAAUCGAGUCGUGAGCAGCAACAGUCGAGAAGGAUGGACUGUCCUCGGGUCGUUCCGGUCGGAGACGACGCAGACACCGACACAAGUGCAAAUCAAAGUGAUCAUCAGGGUGAUCAGAGUGCCUCUCCUUCUUCUAAUUCAUCUUACUCCUCCUCUCCUUCUUCGACAGACUGUUCGGGUGUGAUGAGUGCGCGUCGCCGCCGCCGUCGACGGCGACUUCUGUCAACGGCAAAAGGAGGCGGCGGCGGCGGCGGCGGCGGCGGCGGAUGGACCGGUAAACUUAGUUUCGGUGAUGUGAGUUCGUGGUUCGCGGUGUUGAUCCUCUUGAUCGGACUGUCUCAGUCGAGCGACGGCUUCGCCAGUGAGUUCGACAAAACCGAGGAGUUCAUGGACAAGAUCGGGCUGGAGAAAUCGAUCGCCGCCGUCUUCAACAAAGUGGCCUACGGCAGCACCACGAAGCGGUCCAUUCCCGACAACGCGUAUCCGGUGACGACGCUGGCGACGCCCCUCCUCACCACGUACCGCUACUCGGACGGCAACGACGAGUGGCUCAGGGUGGACCUGAAGAACUCGCAGGAGACUGCUCGAGCCAACGUGGACUUCGAGCAGCCCGAAUUCGCCGACCUGGAGAAGGACCACGCUCUGCCCACUUCGGCGCCCGCCGCGGACAUCCUCAAGAACAACAACAACAAGAACUACAACAACCCGAACAGAUACAACAACGACCGAUUACGACCCGACUUCCAGCCCAACGGAGGCGACGCAGGCGGCGCCCAAGAACACGUCACCGAGAACGUGUACAAGACCACCACCACCUACAACCUGCUGCGCAACGUCAAACCCACCAAAUCCAUGUACAGCAAGGACAUCCCGAGCUACGUGCCGCCCAGCAGAGCCUUCUUCACGCCGCCGCUGCCCCCCGAGUACCAGAAUCCCUUCGCCGACAAACCCACGCUGCGAGGCACCAACUCGGAGUCGUACGCCAACCGCAGACCGAUUCCGCCGCCCUCCCUCAUGCCCAACAAGGACCGGAUCCCCUUCAGGCCGGACCUGCCCAAAGUGAACGCCGAAAGAGUUCCCGAACGCAUCGGAGGCGUCAACUCGCAAAAUAACAACAACAACAACAACAACGGCGGUGCCGCGCCGGACAAGAACGAGAAGAAAAAGUCUCUCAACACUCCCUCGCAAAGCGUCAAACUGGGAGAGUUCUACGGACUGAAUCGGGCCUCGAACGACACCAAUUUCGAGUACGAAAAGUCGUACGUGCCCUCCAUCACCCGCAUUCUGAGCGGCUCGAACGGUCGACACGACGACAUUCCCGACAUUCUGUUGAGGACCGUCACGGCCACCCCCAAUUUGCAUCACCAUCAUCACCAACAACGACCAGAGUCCAAGUCCAACAACAACAACAACAACAACAACAACAUCAAAACACGGGCUCCCGAACCGAAAGUGGCGGCACCACCUGCACCUCCACCGCUGCCGGCCGAACCACCGAUAGAAGCCGACUCGGAAGAGGACGCCGAAGACAGACCGGCCCAAUCGCCGGGUCAAGAUCGCGGACAGAUGGAGGAGACGGGCACCAGAGAAAUCGUCCGGGACCGAUCGGAGAGUGUGACUGUGAAAAAAGAAAUUGGGGGAGCCGCACCGGUUCCCGCUGCCGACGACGUCACCACCCAAAUGUCCGACACCAUGAAUCUGGCCAACGUGAAGGAACGCGAGGGAAACGCCACCAAGAUCGACUCCGAUUCGGUGUGGCGCAUCUGCUGGCGAGUCCACGUCUACCUCGUCGUCUUCUGCUACAUCCUCUUGGCCGCCUUCUCCAUCUACAAACUGAUCCGGUACGAAAACGAUCCGCACAUGUUCUCGAAGAGCUACUUCCUCACCGUCCAUCUGAUGCUGACCGUCAUCUGCGUCUUGCGCAUCUUCUAUCUCAUCUACGACCCCUACAACGAAGGCAGAUCGUUCAACGUGUUCCUCUACGAGUUCUUGCACAGCUUCCCGUUGAGUCUGCUCGCCACCACGUUCGCAGUCCUCAUUCUGUUCCUGCUGAAACGCACCCUCACCCACCUGGAAGUGAAAACUAGGCCCGUCUUCUUGGUGGUGUUCGCACUGCUGCACAUAGUCCUGUGUUUCUGCCUGAGUGUCUUCGAAAGCUUCGGCUAUCUGGAAAAGGCCGGUCUGACCAUCUGCAAGCCGGUGUUCGUGUUGCUGUCGUGGGCGUUGGGCGUCAGCUAUCUCUACUUGUAUCGCAUCAUCAAAAACGUGUUGGCCAAAAAGAGUCAGAACCUGUCGGAGAUGUGCUCGCAAAACAUUUCGUACGCUUCGCACAUCACGAUCGCAGUCGCCCUCCUGUUCGUGCUGCUCGGCUUCGUCCAGCUCUACGCCCUCUUCUUCAUCAAGGUCGACCGGUUCGACGGCGAAAUCAAACACCACUGGAUCCUGUGGAGCUUCGAACUGUCCGUUCGCUUCAUCGAGAUAUCCAUCAUCACCCUGUUGGCGGUCGUCGUCAGUCUGCGAAUGUCGCAACGGGAGAAACAGAUCGCGGGCGGUUUCCCGCUCUUCCCUUGCACGACCAGCGACUCCAGCACCGACAACAUCUACCCCAACAACUGCAACACCAAUCCUAACGCGCUCAACUACAGCAGACAGGAGAUGAUACUGGAUCAGCUGGACCACCGGCAGGAGCCCCCUCCACCCAUCGAGAGACCCUCCAAUCUUCUCAAGCACGCCUUCCAGAACGAAAGCUUCGACAAGAAGAGCACGCUGGAACGGUACCAGAGCGACGGCAGCGACCGCGCCUCCUCCAAUCUGGACCGCUUCGAACGUCCAAAAUGGGGCUCGGAACGUUGCUUCGAUCCACCCCCACCUGGCUUCGAACGGGGCUCUCUCAGAACCACUUCGGAUUCGAGAAGUUCCCGCACCAAAUACUACACCAAACCCAAAUACGACGACUUCUCGCCGGAGAAAAACAUCUACAGCGAGCCCCUCGACAACAACCACCAUCACCACCUGCAGCAGCAGCAGCAGCUCCAGCACCAGUACGAACGGACGGUGCACGAGUUCGAACGCAACGACUUCGAUCGAAGGUCACGCAACUCGUCCAACACGUCCGGCAGACGGUCCCGCAAAAACCACGCCCGACCCCACUUGGGAGUGCAAACGUUGCCUGGAGGAGGAGGAGGAGGAGGAGGAGGAGUGGGCAUGCCCCCGACUGCAGCAGCCACACACGCCGACUCCAUGCUCGUGGACGAACAAGGCUUCGUCCGAUUCCGACACCUGCACGACGACGAGAUGAUGACCGACUCCAAACCGAGAAAGUCGAAACGACAGAACGGCGGCAUCGCCGUGGGAUUGGGAGGCGGAGGCGGCGGCGGCGGCGGCGACGACAUGCACGGCUAUGCGGAAGCGUAACUGUUGAUACGCGUGGGAGGGAAAAUUAAGGGGGUGCAGCAGCCCAAAAAAGGGGAGGUGUUUCUUUGAUCGACACGAUCGACACGAUCGGGCAGAGAGAAUUAAGUUUUUACAUGAUGAUUGCUUGCCUACUUAAUUUAUCGUACUCGUCACUUUCUCUCUGCUCGUGACAAACACAUCUCGGACUCUGAACAAUCACGGUCAUCAAUUAAUAUGUGUACGAAACAUUUUCCUCGUUUUCUCCAUUAAUUUUCUCGUCCACGUCGACAUUGUUUUCCUUUCGAAUUUCCAAUUGUCAAUUAGACAACAACAACAACAACAUUAAUUAACCGAUCAAAAUGAAAUAAGAGAGAAAGAGAAAGCAAGAGGAAGGAAACUCGUGAAAGACGAGAUUAAACUUGAAAAUACUCACAAAGUGAAAUUUUAGCCAUGACUUAAAUUUUUUUAUGAGCAACAAAAGGCAGCUAGAUUUUAUGAAAAGAAGAACCGUUACUACUGUGUUGUUCGUACAGAGGAUACGAACAAAUUCUUUUUGUAAAUUAAACAAAGUGAUAAUAUUAUAAAUACUGAAUAAAAUACUUUUCAAUGUUUUCAAACAUAAACUGUUUAGUAUUUAGCUUAGGAUGAUAUUGUAUAUUAUAUUUGAACUGUACAUAACUAUAUUUAUAAGUGACUGUAUUUUUAAUUCGACUCUCUUUUUUUUACAUCUAAUUUUUUUUACGUACGUUGCUACUUUCUUUUUUUCAGUUGUUGUCUCCCGCGGUUCGCGUUCGUGCGGCGUCGAAAUGACCGUCUCGUUGGUGGUGACGUCCCCUUUACAACCGUCACCGCUCUCUUCUCAUCCCCCUCCCCUAAAAAUGCUUACUUUCGACGCAGCCGUGAAAAAACGACUGAUUGACUGACUUUUUACAUUGAAACGAUUGAUGAUUUCACGCGACGAACCGACGAACCGACGAAGAGUGUUGAUUUGUUGAUGAACACGCAGCAGCACUUACGAAUCAAGUAAUUAUCGACCGUCCGUUCUAAUUAAUCAUCUCAUUCGUUAUUGUGUUUGCAUCGUUUCGUAGACGUAUGUUUUUCUUGUAAAUAUUUGUAUUUAAAACGAAGAUUGAAUACCUACCUAUGCCAACAAAUAUUUAGCAAACUUGCCAUGACUUAUGAUAUUGGGUUUUUUAUACAUACAUACAUAUAUAUAUAUAGGUAUAUAUUUGACUAUUCUUUAUUUUUGUAUAUUUUUUUACAGUAUUAUUACACAUUAACCGUACGUAUUUAUUCGAAUUUCGCGUUUUUUUUUUUUUCGUUUGUUUGUUUGUUUCAUCCAUCAUCAUUUUCACGUUUCGAUUCAGUCCCAUAAACAAUUAAACAAACAUUCCCCGUGUGUGGAGGAGAAUUUCAUCGUUCCUAUUUUAUUUUAUAUUCUUCGUUACGACUAUUGCUAGUUUCGUGUACUUACUUACUUUCGUUGAUAUUUUGCCAGUAAAUCUCAGCUAACUGUGAAUAGAUUUAGAUUUUAAAUACGAUGAAAGAUGAGCAGCAAAUUUAUUGUUUUCGAUGUUUCACAUUUUUCAAAAGUACAUAUUUUUAUUCGGGUCGUGAGAAUCGACGGUGUCGACGACGACAAUCGAUGGAGGAGCACAUUUCAAUUCUCCACGUUCGUCUUCGAAUCGAUUCCUCAUCACCCUCCUCUCGACUUAUUGUAUAAAACAACAAUCUUUUCAACUUGUAUAAAAUGAUUGUAAAAUAAUAAACAAGUGGAUAUAAAAUUA